GGAGAUAACUCGCACGUGCGGAGUAGUUCCGGCUUCCGAGUCGGUACCGAACCUGCCUGAAACGUGGACGAGCCAGUUGUGAGCAGCAGCCCGGGGAGCUGUGAAGCAUCUCCGUGCCAAAGGGAAUCACGGAGAGGAGGGAGAGACGUACGAGCAAGGACGUGAACGGAAGAGAGGUGGAAAUCUCUGAACUCCGCUUCUACGCUGAUUUGGGGCGUGCGUAAAGGCGCGAGACGUUAACCCCUACAUUGAACAAGAUACAUGCAAACACGGGCUCCUCUUAUUAAUUUUUCUCCUCUUCUGGACUAGUUUCCGUUGCCGAAUCGCGGCGUUUAGACAGUGUUGUGGAAACAGGGGGGACCCGAGCGUUGUUGUGAGCUUCACUUGCGUGUUCCCUCUUCUUUUCUUUAUUUUAUCCUCUUGGAAAUUACUGGAACUUCUUCUUUUUGACGUCUGGUGGACUAAUGACGAAACGUGAAAUGCAAAUACAGUAAGUGACUCCGGGCUUUGUUCAGUGCCUACACGAGACUUGAAACACCGCUUUAAUCACACAGACACACACACACACUGUGCUGUUUGUACACUGGAUUGAGAGACACCAGUGAAGUCAGUAUAUGACAAACCGCUGCUUCCAGCUGUUAAGUUUGUCAUUACUGCUCGUCUCCAUUCAGGCCUUUCGGAUUUUAUGUGUUGAAAACAACUUUUUGAGAAUGAAGAGAAGAAAAUUUCCCUAACAUCGCUGCCGUCUUGAGUAAAAUCAGUGUUUGGGCAUUUUUCGAGCCCUCAUGUUUGGAGCACGGGAAUGCUGACAUGCUGAACACAGUGCGGUGGCCUGCUGCAGGUUUAACACCAAAGUUGUGAAAUUGCCUUGAUUACAGAGCUGAUAGUGAAUGAUCAAGAAAUCCGGAGCUGGUCAGGAAAUCAGUCGAAGUACCUGGUUGUGCGCCGUGAAACGCAGCUUUCCUCUGGCCGCGGAUCAGUUCCAGGACUCGAGGGGAGUCUCCGGGGCAGAGAUGGAGGAGUGGAGACAAUGCGGGCGGUGGUUGAUAGACUGUAAGGUCCUGCCCCCGAACCACCGGGUCGUGUGGCCCUCGGCGGCCGUCUUCGACUUGGCACAGGCUCUGCGAGACGGGGUGCUUCUUUGCCAGAUGUUGCACAACCUCUCUCCCGGAUCAGUGGACCUGAAGGAGAUCAAUUUCAGACCCCAAAUGUCACAGUUCCUGUGCCUGAAGAACAUCCGAACGUUUCUCAAGGUCUGUCAUGACAAGUUUGGCCUGCGGAACAGCGAACUCUUCGACCCUUUUGAUCUUUUUGACGUCAGAGACUUCGGCAAGGUCAUCUCUGCUCUGUCGAGGAUCUCCCACCACAGCAUUGCACAAAUCAAGGGCAUCAGGCCUUUUCCAUCUGAGGACACAGCUCUCAAUGAGGAUGAUGUGUACCGCAGCCUGGAGGAGUUGGCAGAUGAACAUGACUUGGGUGAGGAUGACAUUUACGACUGCGUGCCAUGUGAGGAUGAUGGCGAUGACAUCUAUGAGGACAUCAUUAAGGUGGAAGUACGACAACCCAUGAUCAGAUACAUGCAGAAAAUGGGUAUGACAGAAGAGGACAAGAGAAAUUGCUGCCUAGUUGAGAUCCAGGAGACUGAAGCCAAGUACUACAAGACUUUGGAGGACAUUGAGAAGAAUUACAUGAUCCCACUGAAGCAAGUCUUGAGUCCUCAAGAAAUGGAGGCUAUUUUUGUCAACCUUGAGGAUGUAAUCCGAGUUCACUUUGCCCUCCUGCGAGCCAUCGACCAGAGCAUGGUCAGUGGAGGAAGUGGCCUUGGGAAGAUCUUCCUUGACUUUAAAGAAAGGUUGCUGAUCUACGGUCAGUACUGCAGCCACAUGGAGAACGCUCAGAAGACACUGGAGGAGCUAAUAGCAACACGAGAAGAUGUCAAGAUUAAAGUAGAAGAAUGUACCAUGAAAGUGCAAGAAGGGAAAUUCAAGCUGCAAGAUCUUUUGGUUGUUCCCAUGCAGAGGGUGCUGAAGUAUCACCUACUACUGAAGGAACUUCUCAGUCAUUCAACUGACCGACCUGAGAGACAGCAACUCAAGGAGGCUCUGGAGGCUAUGCAGGACCUGGCCAUGUACAUUAAUGAAGUGAAGAGGGACAAUGAGACUCUGAAAAAAAUCAGUGAAUUCCAAAGUUCAAUAGAAAAUCUUCAGCAGGUGAAACUGGAGGAGUAUGGCAGGCCAAAGAUUGACGGAGAGUUGAAGGUGUGCUCCAUCAUCAACAGAACAAAGCAAGACAGGUAUAUAUUCCUCUUUGACAAAGUGGUCAUUGUCUGCAAGAGGAAAGGCUACAGCUAUGAGCUAAAAGAGAUUAUUGAACUGCAUUCUUAUAAAAUGUCAGAUGACCCCAUGAACAACAGGGACAUGAAAAAGUCAAGUGGAAAAAUGUGGUCGUACGGCUUCUACCUGAUCCACCUGCAAGGGAAGCAGGGCUUCCAGUUCUUUUGUAAAACCGAGGAAACAAAGAGAAAGUGGAUGGAGCAGUUUGAAAUGGCAAUGUCCAACAUCAAGCCAGAAAGAGCCACCGCCAAUCAGCACAACUUCCAGAUGCACACAUUUGAUGAGAACACCAACUGUCGAGCCUGCAGGAAGCUCUUGAGGGGCAUUUUCUAUCAGGGCUACUACUGCCCUCGCUGUGGAACAGGAGCUCACAAAGAGUGUCUGGAAGUGAUCACCAUCUGUAAAAUCAAUCCUCUCGACUUGGAGCCUGGCAUGUCACCAGGUCCUAAGAUGGUUGCAGUUAGGAACUACCACGGCACACCAGCACCUCCAGGGAAAACACCUCUCUGUUUCCAAACAGGAGAUUUCAUUGAGCUUCUAAAGGGAGAUCCGGACACCACAUGGUGGGAGGGAAAGCUCAUACAGACACAGAAGAGCGGCUUCUUCCCCAGCUCAUGUGUAAAACCUUGCUUGGACCCAAAGCCUUUCCAGUCAUUAUCCAGCCGGCAGUCCUCUAGGGAAGCAGACUACUAUGGAUAUCCCUGGUUUGCAGGGAACAUGGAGCGUCAGCAGGCAGACAACCUUUUAAAGUCUCACAGCAGCGGGACCUACCUUAUCAGAGAGAGGACAGCGGAGGCGGAGAGGUUCGCCAUCAGCAUCAAAUUCAAUGAUGAAGUAAAACACAUCAAAGUCAUCGAGAAAGACAGCUGGAUCCACAUCACCGAGGCCAAGAAGUUUGAGAGUCUUCUGGAACUAGUGGAGUACUAUCAGUCCCAUUCGCUGAAAGAAAGCUUCAAGUUGUUAGAUACGACAUUGCGAUACCCCUACAAGUCCCGAGAGCGCUCGCUAACACGGGCCAGCACACGCUCACCAGCUACCUGCGCCUCCUACAACUUCUCCUUCCUCAGUCCACAGGGCCUCAACUUCUCUUCUCAGAGCUCAGCUCCCUUCUGGUCAGUGUUUACUCCCCGGGUGGUCAGCACCGCAGUGGCCAGGUAUAACUUUGCAGCGCGAGACAUGAGAGAGCUGUCCCUGCGAGAAGGAGACAUCGUCAAAAUCUACAGCAAGAUCGGCGGAGACCAGGGCUGGUGGAAAGGAGAGGCCAAUGGAAGAAUUGGAUGGUUUCCCUCGACCUACGUGGAUGAAGAAGGAGUGCAGUAAGGCUCGGAUGCUGGUCCAGCUCCUUUUAAAUCAGGAACCAUCUUCUAUCUACUGUCCUCAGAGAAAAUGACUCACUAUUUUCAGGAAAAGAACAGGAGGAAAAGAAGGAUUCGUUUGUUGUUUUCUUUUGCUGGAUGCUCAUUUUUCAGCGAGGCUUUUUAAUCCCAUUUCUGUCUUCAAUUACGCAUCAGCUUUUGUUUUUUUUUUACAAGAUGUCCUGUUUAAUCUCUGUACAGAAAAGAAGAAAGAUGAAAAAACUGUCCUGCUGUCUGUUGAUCUCUGUGUGCUGUGCAGAGACGUUAUUUAACCGAAAACUCUGCAGAAACAGACUGUUGAUAGCUUUACUUUAAAAAAAAUCUCUCCUUGGUUGCAGGUCUGUGCAAGGUGAAUUAAUUGUACAGUAUAGAUAAUUUAUUGAAUAGAGAUUAUUAUCAUUACUAAUGAAUAUUGUGGGGAAGUUGGCUUAAGCAAAAAAGAAAAAGAUUAGAGGAGAAAAAGUAAAAUACAAAAAAAAAAAAAAAAAAAAAA